CCUGUUGGGGUGUCCUAGGCCCCACCCCAGAGCUGGGCACUUCCCUCCCUGACACAGGGACCUGGAUCCGCUCUGCCCUGCCAGAGGCAGACAUGGUGCCCCUGCUGCUGCUGCCCCUGCUGUGGGGGGGGUCCCUGCAGCAGCCGCCAGGCUAUGAGCUCCGAGUGCAGGAAUCGGUGACGGUGCAGGAGGGUCUGUGUGUCCAUGUGCCCUGCUCCUUCUACCCGUGGAGUUUGGGGUCUUCCUCUACCAAAGUCUACACCUACUGGUACCGGUACAAGGACAACAUAAACCAUCCUGUGGCCUCGAGCAGCCCAGAUAAAGAAGUGAAGAGUGAGACCAAAGGCCGCUUCCUCAUCGCGGACCCGACAACCAACAACUGUUCCCUGCAAAUCAGAGACGCCAGGUGGAGUGACAGAGGACGCUACUACUUCCGAGUGGAGAGAGGAAAUUCUGUGAGAUAUAGUUACUUACAUAAGAUGCUGGAUUUGCAUGUGACAGCCCUGACAGAGAAACCCCACAUCCGGAUGAGGGAGCCCCUGGAGUCCGGCUGCCCCACACAGCUGGCCUGCAGCCUGCCAGGGGCCUGUGAAGGGGGACGACCUCUCACCUUCUCCUGGGAGGGAGCUGCUGUGGACUCGCUGGACCCCCAGACCCUCCGCUCCUCGGUGCUCACCUUCACCCCGAGGCCCCAGGACCAUGACACCAACCUCACCUGUCAGGUUCAGGUCCGAGGAUCUUUGUUGUCCACGCAGAGAACCAUUUGGCUCAAUGUGUCCUACAGCCAGCCCUUCAGCAGAUGUGUGACUGAGGAGCAGCAGGGCUCCUGGCCCCUGGUCUUCACCCUGAUCAGAGGGGCCCUCAUGGGGGCUGGCUUCCUCCUCACCUACGUCCUCACCUGGCUCUACUACACCAGGUGUGGAGGCCCCCGGAACAGGAGGCAGAGCUCCUGAUGGAUCCUCCCUUCCUCUCAAGAUGGGACUGAGGUGUGGACACCAGGCUACAGGGACCGUCCUGGGACGUCCAUGUCACCAUCUCCCUGGAAGUUCUUGACUCACCUGCCUCCAAUGUGCCAGUGGGGUUUCAGUGUGUGGAAGUGACGGAGUGACCACAAGGGGAGUCAGUGCCAUGGAGAGAAGACUUUUACUCCUUUCACCUCCUGAGAGGAGGGCCCGCUGUGCCCGGGAAGCCCCGGAUUUCCUCAGGAAGCAGAUGCAGGUGCAGGGCAGCCUACCGAAGGCCUUGGUUGGGGUUUCCAUGGGAAACGCAAGGCAGGGCAGGGUGAGCAGUUCAGGACCAGCUGGUGUGUGUCAGUCUGGGGGAUGGGCCUGUGGGCGUGGUCUCCAUGUGUCUGGUCCCAGGUCCUGGGUGAUUUGGGGCAGGUGGGGAGGCUGGGAAUAUGGGCUCAGGUUGGGUUGGUUUGCAUCUGAAAUUCUUUGUUGUCUUUGAGAAUGGGCGGGCCCUGGGAGGCUGUGUGUCUCCUUGGCUUCCAAUCUGUUUAAUGGCUCAAAACAUAAGAUACAGAAAUAAACAAUAAUACACACCCACUGACGGCCCCUUGUUUCUGCCUGUGCUUCUCCCAUUUGACUUGUUCCCCUCCCCCUUCUUUCUUUCUCUCUGUUGCUUCUGCCCACUCAUCCCCCACCCCCUGCUCCUCUCUCUCCAUUCUCAGCCCAGAGAGGGACCGAAGUUGGCCCCUUAUCCUCCGCUUGCCCUGAAGUUACCUGGUCACCACCUGAGCUUCUGGUCUCCCAUCUGUAGGUGCUGAUACACAGUAGAGUUAGGAGCAGCUCUCCUCUCCCUGUGCAUAGACGCCAACCUCAGAAUUAUUGUCAUAGCACAUCCCAGCAUUUAAUCAUAAAUGAGAACGUUUCUGUGAUGUCACAUGACAAUUGAUUUUACUCUUUAGUGUCUCUGGGAGUUUCUUGAGUCCAAUUACAUCUGGAUCUCUUCUUGUUGUUGCAGUUGUUGAACCUUUUGCAAGCACGGGAUUUUGUUUAUUCCUUGUAAUUAUUCUUCAAUUGGUAUUUAUAUCUCUUCUUAUUCUUUGAAAUAUUUUUAUUGAUUUUUGAGAGGAAAAGAGAGGGAGAGAGAGAGAGAGAGAGAGAG